AUGAGUUUCUAAUAAUAAUUACAAUAAGCUUUUUUCGAAUAAUAAAUCUCUGGGCAUUCUAUAUUUAUUAAACUUAAUGAUGGCGAAUUCGUAGCUAAAUCCUCCUAGAUUGAAAAUAAUAAUGAAUAAAAGUAUUUCAAAAAGCUAAUUAGUUUUUAUGAAUGGAUUCAGCAUAUAGAGGGAUAUGAAGAGUUUUUCUCUUAAUAUAAUGGGGUUGUAAUUCUAGAGAAAAAUUAAGAAGUAUCAAUUUAAGAAACUAUUAACUCUUAAUAAAAAUGGUUAAAUUCUCUCAUUUCUAAGAGAUAUAAUCCAAAUAAUAAAAGUAUAUAUUCUAAAAAGUUUUUAUAGAAUAUUUGUUACUUGAAAACUUGACUUAAAAUUCUUAGAAUUUGAGAAUUCUAGAUUUGAAAUUAGGUUAUACAGUUGAGAAAUAAUCACAUAUAUAGCGUUAUUAAGAUUCAACUUCUUCAAAAAUAGGUCUAAGAAUAUGUGGGAUGAAGAUAUAAGAGAAUAAUGAAUUGGUAAUGUUUAAAGAUAAGCAUUGGGGUAGAACUAUAUCUGUAUUGGAAUUAAUUGAGUCUCUAAAGACUUUUUUUAGUUUAAAAAAUAGAAAUAGUAAUAAUAUGAUGUUUAUUAAUAUAGAAAUUUUAAAAGAAGCAAUCGAUAAGAUAGAAUCUUUAAAAUUGUUUAUUACUAAUAAUUGUAAGUAGGUGAUUUCAUGGUAAGGGACAAGUUUGUUAUUGAUUUAUCGAAACGAUAACGAUUUUAAAAUUAAGCUAAUUGACUUUUCAAAUACUAAAGUGAAUCCAGAAUCCACUGAAUUUAAUGUUGAGAUUAUCAAAGCAUUAAAUAGUCUAUAAGAUAUAAUAAAGCAAAUUUGA